AUGGCGGCCGCGAAGCCGACCAUCAAUGCGCACAUCCCGAAGACGGAGAUUCUCGCCAAGCACAAGGUGAUCCGCUUCGGGACCACGCGAAAGGCACCGACCGACGAUGAGGCGAAGCUCUACAGCUACUUGCAUCAGAGAGCCGACCUCAAGGUUUCGCGUGGUAGCAUCCCAGUGGGCUUCUACUCCUGCAUGUUUUUGGACGAGGGCCAACCUCUCUAUUUAGAGACCCGCUUUGGUGGCUACAACUUCGAGGAAGAUGGAAAGCCAGUGGGGCCCCAAUUCCAGAUCAGCUGGAAGGCAGACAAGGAGGUGAUACCACCACUGGACAGCAUGAGCGAUGGCUGGUACAAGGAUUUAGAUGACCUUUGGACCUUGGUGCUGUCCUACUUCGAGAAGCGUGCGAUCUUGAGCGAGGAGACUCUGGAGUACUUGGACGCCGAUCCCUUUGUCCUCUUUGGAAUUGAUGAUCCGCUCACACAGCAGGCGCUGGUGAAGUUGGACAAGUUUCCUGCGCUGAUGUGCGACAAUGUUCCUACCCUGGAGGAAUGGGCGUACUACCUCCGCAUUGAGCCCAAAGAUGAAAAGAUGCUUUGGCUGGUGCGUGCGAUGAUGGAGACUGAGCUUCCAAAACCUUGGACUUGCUACAAGGGCAUUGGCAGCAUCGUGUGCUACCUGCGCUCCGAUACUGGCCAGGUGACGUGGAAGCAUCCGUUCUAUGACUACUUUCGGCAGCUGAGAGACUUUUGCCGACAAGCUUCGAAGGAAGAAGUCAUGCAGGUGCGCUGCAAUCGACUCCUCUGGAGCUAUGAGGCGACGCGCAUCGAAGCGGAGCAUGACCACGACCCCUUGAUUUCGCCCAACUACGUUGCGCGCAUGGCAGACAUCUUUGGCUUCGACGUGAAGACACAGGGUUGUGUGGUGAGGAACUGCAAGGCGCAGUUGAAGGUCUUUGCCAAAGCGUAUCGAAGCAAGCAGGACAUCGACAUCAGUCUGAUCGACGAGUGCGAUGAAAUGCUGCAACGGGAUGUGGCCAAAUACAGCGAGAUGGUCACCCAUUGGUCCAGCGAGGUCAAAGAUGACGUGAAGUUUGACCUGAACAAGCUCGCUGCGGGCGAAAUGUAUUGCGUCAAUUGCAAAAUCGUGGCCUUGAGCUUUUGCUUGGAAUGCAAAGAUUACCUUUGCCUCAAAUGCUAUGCGGAUUUGCAUAGCAAGGGCUCUCGCAAGGAGCAUGCGCCCUUCUGUCUGGUGCCCUGUGCUCUUUGUGUCCAGCUCCCUGCCAAGAUACAUUGUACCUUUACAGACAAGUCCUUGUGCCACAAGUGCUAUGCGAUGAGUCAUAUCAAAAUGCUUCCGCUGGAUGGCAAAGAAAACCAACCACGCAGAAUCAACUAUGUGGAGCAGUACAAUCGCUAUGCAGAGUUUGCAAAGGAGAGGGUCAAGAAGAUCGCAGUACAGCCAGAAGAGAUCCCCGCUCUUGACGAUGCUGCUUAUGAAUCUGUUUUGAGCACAGAUUGGCAUCCCUUUUACGAUGCCAGAGGGGUGAAGUACUACCACAACUUCGCAACAGGUGAGCGGAUGAGGCAAAGCCCUCGGCGUGUGCCCAACAUGGAUGACGUGGGCGCGGAGGGCGUUCCGCACAGCUCGAUGGAUGUGGCGAAGAUUGUGGAGACCACCAACGAGCUUCUAGAGAACGAGUAUGUUGAAGCCAAACCACUGGAGGUGGGCUCUAGGGCCCCUGCCACCGAGCCGCGCACCGCCUCGAGCGCCACCGCGGGCGCCGGGUCGGGGCCCAUGCCGCUGUCUGGCUUCGACUCGCUGAAGAGCGACGUGCCGGCGGCGGUGAAGGCGGCGGAGGAGCCGGAGCAGCGGCUGCUGCGGCCGCCGCACCGGACGCAUAUGCCCAAUGUGUUGGAGGUGUAUCCAACGAUGCAUUCCUUGAGGACCAAGCAGGUCGGAAGACUGGGAGGAGCACCCGUCUUCGUGGAGGCCGACGGCGUCUUCAUCGGCAAAGGCGAUUUUGCCGGACGGCAUCAGGUGCUCCUUGACGGUGUGCCUUGCAUCGUUGAGGACAUUGAGGAUUUGGGGAACACGCAGGUCUUGCAGUGCACACCCGGCGCGACUGCUCAACGCCCGUCCCACUGGCCUAAGCGCCUAGCGGUCGGAAGUUGGGCAGCGGCUUGGGAAGCUGCUGAGGGGAUCGGCCCGUUCUCUGGGAAUGCUACGACGGUUGCCACUGUGGGCCGCAAGACCAAGAAAGCUUGGGACAUCAUGGCCUACACUGAGAAGCUUGGCUGA